GCCUUUAAGAGGGAAUUAAAAACAAAAGAGCCUGUUAUCUUGAAUGCACUUGAAACAGCCCGAAUGUUCGUAUCCGAACAGCCUCUGGAAGGACUGGAGAAGUUUUACCAGGAGCCUAGAGAGUUGUCUCCAGGUGAAAGAGCCCAGAAUGUAACUCAGCUCCUAAAAAGGCAGACGGGUGAGGUUAAAACAGAAUGGGAUAAACUGAAUCUACAAUCUGCCGACUGGCAAAAAAAAAUCGAUGAAGCCCUUGAAAGACUACAAGAGCUUCACGAGGCAAUGGAUGAUUUGGAUCUAAAACUGCAUCAGGCAGAAACUGUCCACAGGUCUUGGCAGCCAGUUGGGGAUUUGCUCAUUGACACGCUGCAGGAUCACCUUGAAAAGCUCAAGGUUUACCAAGCAGAAAUUGCACCUCUUAAAGAGAAUGUGAACAACAUGAAUGACUUAGCUCAUCAGUUUACCACAUCUGAGAUUCCACUGUCUCCAUAUACGCUCAACCGAUUAGAAGACCUGAAUGGAAGAUGGAAACUCCUGCAG